CUUUCUAAAUAGCCUCUUAGCCAGGAAAGAGUUCGGGAACUCUGUCUGUGGACAUUGGACCGUGGGAGCAGCACUGCGAAGUAUCCCACACCUCAAAAGCUGAGGAGAAGUCACACACAGAGAGAAGUUUGGAUUCUGAGAGGACACUGCUUCCAUCAGGAUGAAUUUUGCCGCCCAGUUAUUUUACUCAAGCUACUUAAAUGAGCGACUGGAACGAUUGUUUUCACCAAAGCCUGCACUUAAAGACAGCGAGGAAAAAGACCCCUUCUGGCAGAGAGAGGAGCUGCGUCUGGGCCCAGCAGAACCAGCUAACUCUUACAAAGGAGGGCUGGUCAGUAAUGGCGCUGUGGGUCGCAGACCGACCCUUAUUGAACCAGAGAGGCUGAAGGACUUUGGUGAGGAGGAACUUGUCAACGGUGACGUGAAGGUCCGUGACACCAGAGUUGCGGUAGAGGCACCUGUCAUCAUACUAAUGGACCCGCCUAAAACCCGAAGAGUCAGUGAGUUCAGGAUCGUACCCAGACCGACUGAACAGUACCUGCGGUUCGAGGACAUCAGCGCUGCCGCCUUCACUAUCCAGUCAGGGAUACAGAAGACACCCUGCUCGUACUCCCGGCUGUCCAAACAGUACGGUAUGGAAAUCUACCUAAAGAAGGAGCACCUGCACUACACAGGCUCAGUGAAGGAACGAGGAGCGUUGUACCUGCUCUCCUCUCUCACACAGGAGCAGCAGAGAAAAGGUGUGAUUGUUGCCACCGACUGUAACUUCUCCAUGGCUGUGGCCCAUCAUGCAGUGGAGCUGAAGAUCCCCGUGUUUGCCAUCAUGCCCUCAUGUUGCUCCUCACCUCGUCUUCGGAUCUACAGAGACUACGGCGCCAUGGUCAUCUCCUACGGCAGCACCGGUCAUGAUUCACAGAACCACGCCCGCCAUUUGGCCGCAAACAAUGGAUACCUCUACCUUGAAGAAGAUGAAAGUGCGACCUACCUGGCAGGACUGGGCACAGUGGGGAUGGAGAUCUACGAGCAAGUGGCCAAACUUGAUGCAGUGUUGGUGCCUGCAGCUGGACAGUACGGCCUGCUGGCGGGCACGGCUGCAGCCAUCAAGCAUCUCAACACACACGUUCUUGUCAUAGGAAUAGAACCUGAAGGUUUCCCUUUGCUGCAUCAAUCUCUGAAGACAGACGGUCCCGUCAAAGACUUUCAUAGCAGCCCCAGUAGCAGACUGUACGGAGAUCUCAUGGAGCACUCGCUCGGCAUCAACACCUUCCAGCUGGCAAAGAGACUUGUGGAUAAAGUCAUCUCCGUCAGUGAGGAGGAUUCUCUGGUGGCAAUGCUGAGGUUUCAAGAGUUUGAGCGUUCUACUGUGGACACGGAGGGAGCCAUGGGACUGGCAGCCAUCUUGGCAGGACAGCUGCCAGAACUGAGAGGAAAAAGGGUUGCAGUGGUGGUGAGCAGUGCCAACAUGGAGCUGGAUCUGGUGAGGCAGUGUGUGGACCGAGCCCUGGUGCUGGACGACCGUGUCAGCAAGUUUUCAGUGCAGUUGGGAGAAUGGCCCGGAGACAUGGCGAAGCUGUUGGACGUCUUGUCCAGAGAGGACGUCAGGUUGUUGGACGUCAAUCAUCGGAGGCACAGUGACAAGUCAAACCUCUUCAAAGCAAAGGUGGAGUGUGUAGUGGAAACCAGAGACAAGACACAAAGCACUCAACUGAGGAAGACGUUGAGUGAACGCUACCCUUCUGUCUGCUGGCUGGAGCGAUGAUCAUGUGACCAUUGAUGAAACUAACCUACUGUAUAUUUUGAAUGGAACGCCAUCAACAUGUGGACUCAACUUAGUCCCAUUCACACAACGGAUGUUCAAAAUUUGCAUUUAGAGUCACUAUUAUUCAUAUUGAUACUGUUUAUGCUGCUAUGAUUGUCUGCUGCUAGUGAAGUAGUUCUGCUGCACAGUGGGGGCUCAUGUAGGUACAGUAUGUGCAGCCACAACAUUAGGUACACUCUAAUAUGAGGGAGAUUUUCAGAAAGAUACAUUUUUGGUAUAUGCUGGACUAUAUAUAUUAUAGUUUGUUCAAUAUAAAUGUAUAUACCUAGUAGUGGGUUUAUAUAUUUAAUGUGGCGCCCUUGGUCACCUCAUACCAACCCAAUCACACUCAGGCUUCCCAGCAUGCUUUGUGUUGUGCUGAUUGAGAUAGCGUCUGGAGUUGAUGACCGUCUUUGCAGUUUCCUGCGCAACUCAAGCUCACAUAUCCUCACCGAAUGAGCGCUGAGCUAAAAUCUAUUUGACUCUUUUUUCCCCCUCAUCCUUGGGGCGCCCCCUAGAGUAUGCCAAGCUAUAACUGCCACUGUACGUGUGCAGUACUGUGCAAAGGUUUUGUUGUUGGAAUUCCCUUUUUCAAAGCAUUCGCUGUGACACUGUAAACAUUGAAUAGGAUAGGCAGUUACGAAAAAAACUAAUAAAUCCACUAGAUUUUAUGGAGUGUGGACACAAGUCAUAUCUGUCAAUCCAGGUGAGGAUUUGAAUAGAUGUAGUAAAUACAGUCAUAUUUGCUGUAUUGGAGUGUUCUCUAAGUGAGAUUCUAGUUGAUUGUGGUCAAGUAUGUUGCCUUUGCACAGUCCUGUAUAUUGUACAAAUUGCUUUGCAUAUUUAUUUCGGAAUGGUUGUACUUAUGAUCGAGUAUCAUUUUUAAAGAGGUAGUUUCGCUCCCAAGUAGAAAUGUUUCCUGAAUAAAACUUACUUUUGGGAUUUUGUU